AUGACAAAAAUGCGUAACUAGACUCUAGAGAACGUAGAUAAUUCAUAGUUUCAUACAGCAUGGUCUUCCGUGUUUUCGGUCUCGAGAUUCUGACACCGACAAUUAUUUGCAAUCCCAAAAGUGAUUAAAAACCUUAAGAAAGCGAAUUCUCCAUUUCCUCAAAUAGCGCGAAUAUUAGUAAAUCUCGAGUCGCGAUUCGGAAAGAGUUUUUCUGAGAAUUCUCUCUGCUUCUCGAACUGGAUGGAUCAACUUUAAAAGUGCUCUGAAUAAAUGGAAUAAGCCUGCCUUCGACUUGAAAUCAAAAUAAAAAAGCGACAAUGAAUUCUCCACCAAUCAUGGUACCUGGUGGAGAUCGACGAUCGAAUUCGGAUUUAAAUUCUAUACCUGUCGGUACUUCAACAGAAUCAUUUAAAACAAUGACCCCACCAACUGUUAGUCGGUCACUCAGCAGUGCACCAGCAGACGAUCGACACCCCAGACGAGGUAGCGUGCACGCUCAUCCAGCUUCGUUAUCCAAACUCCCAUCAUCCGAAUCUCUCACAGCAGGCAUGAAUAUGAUUACCACUGCAGAUGGUCCUCCUCUCUCUCCAGGUCUCUCGGCUACAGGUGAAAGUACAAGGGCUGACAACACAUCGGAGAAGUCAGGAGAGACUUGCAAAUUGACAAGGAAGGAAUCGUAUAAGGCACAGAGGAAAAAUUACCGAAUGGAGAAGAAGAGAGUCGCCAAUGAACUUUUGAGUUCAUUGAAGGAUCCGACUGUAGUUGUUAUGAGUGACUGGCUCAAAGUCAGGGGGACUCUUAAAAGCUGGACCAAACUUUGGUGCAUCCUCAAGCCUGGAUUACUGCUGUUAUACAAGAGUCCAAAAGUAAAAAGCAAUCAUUGGGUUGGGACAGUGUUACUAAAUACUUGCCAAGUGAUCGAACGUCCCAGUAAGAAAGAUGGUUUUUGCUUCAAAUUAUUCCAUCCUCUUGAACAAUCGAUUUGGGCUCCACGAGGACCAGAGAAAGAAGCAAUUGGUGCUGUCGUUCAACCUCUGCCAACUUCUUAUCUGAUCUUCAGAGCUCCUUCCCAGGCAGCAGGAAAAUGUUGGCUCGAUGCUCUCGAAUUAUCUCUACGUUGUUCUUCUUUGAUUGUGCGAUCGACGAGUGCCAUUCCACGCUCUCCUCAGCAUGAUGCGACAACCACUCACGAAACCCAGUGGAGCGAAGCGGAUUACGAAAAGCAUUUUAAUGAGCACGAGUACGAGACUCGUCAAGUAGUAACGCUAGAUCCUGUAUACACCUCGCACACAGACCUGGACGAUAUCAGUCAGCCUGAGAAUGGAGUCGUUCGGGAUGUGGAAAUCAGCGCCACGGACACGGAGUCGGAAGAGGAGACCAAGGAAGAGGAGGAACAGAUUAGUGAGACUCCAUAUGUGUCGAACGAGAGUGAAGUCCUUGGAUCUGCUGGAGAAGUCGUAGCAGAACUCCAGGAGGAACAGAAAUCACUCAUUUGGUUUUUAAUGAAGCAAGUUCGUCCCGGGAUGGAUUUAUCCAAAGUAGUCCUUCCCACAUUUAUCCUCGAGCCACGCUCGUUUUUGGAGAAACUCGCCGAUUCGUAUUAUCAUGCCGACAUUUUGUCUCAAGCAGUAUUGGAAGAUGACGCUUUCACUCGCAUGAAAGGAGUAGUCAAGUGGUAUUUAUCGGGCUUUUACAAAAAACCACAAGGUUUGAAAAAACCUUAUAAUCCACUUUUAGGUGAAACUUUUCGCUGCUACUGGCAACAUCAUAAUGGUUCGCGUACGUUCUACUUGUCCGAACAGUUAUCGCAUCAUCCUCCCAUUUCGGGUUUUUACGUGACAAACCGGCAAGAUGGAUUUACAAUCAGCGCCUCAAUAAUAGCUAAAUCAAAAUUUUACGGAAAUUCUACCUCUGCAGUUUUGGAUGGAGCUGCAGUUUUAACAAUGUUACCCAGAGGGGAAGAUUACACAAUGACGAUUCCUUAUGCGCAUUGUAAGGGAAUUCUAAUGGGCACAUUGUCAAUGGAACUAGGAGGGAAAAUCAAUAUAGUCUGUGAAAAAACGGGUUAUCAUACCGAAUUAGAGUUUAAGCUAAAGCCGUUUUUGGGAGGUGCUGAUCAGUUGAAUCAAGUCGUUGGCAGAAUACGAUUAGGGAAGGAAACCCUUGCUAUUAUUUCUGGAUAUUGGGACGGCCAGAUAAUGAUUAGCGACAAACGAUCAGGGCAAGAAACUCUUUUCUUUAAUCCAACACCAGAAGUUCGUAAAAACAGAUUGAAGAAGUUUACUGUUCCUUUGGAACAUCAGGGUCCUUGGGAGAGCCAAAAACUCUGGUUAGCUGUCACGCAUGCUAUUAAUAACGACGAUCAAGUUGCUGCGACAGAAGCGAAAACUCACCUCGAAGAAGCCCAAAGAGAACGUGCCAAAGAAAGAAAAAUGAAGGGCGAGGAAUGGGUUCCCAAAUAUUUUGUACAGGAUAUAAUUACCGGAAAUUGGGUUUACCGACAUGCUGAUAUUCGUCCAUGGGAUCCUAGGAACGACGUAGUACAAUAUGAAAAUGGAUAUAUAGUGCGCACAAAAACUAGACACAAGACACCAAUUAUGCGCACUAGUAGCAUCGUCUCCAUCGAUCCUCAGACCCAGAUGCCGCUACUACAAGCGGAAUCCCGUUCAUCUCUUUCCGUCCUGAAAUCUUCGAAACGGCAGCUCUCUAAUAUUCCAAUCACAGACACUGCACAUGAUUCUGGAAGUUCGUCUGCGGAAGCACAUUCUGAUUCGAGUCAGUCGAUCGGAAAAAGACGUUCAGCAACCAGGCUGGCGAUUAUGGUAAAAGGGAUGGAGGCUAGAUUGUCGGAUCACAGUGAGAAACUAAAUCAAAUUCAACGAUUAAUCGAACAGAUUGCCAUACGGCAAAGGGGUCUAAGGGACCAUCAGAAUAAUGUUAAUAUAUUUAAAACUUUUAUAGAUACAUUUAUUGUUAUUGUCGUGGUCCUCUUUGUACAAUAUGUUGUCAAGAUCUGGGCUGGAUCUUCUGAACCCAAAUGAAUUUGAUCAGCGUAAAGAGAAAACGUUACACCAGUCAUCGAAGGAAAAAAAGGGAGAUUAGAUUUUGACGAUAAAUUAAUAAAUGAAGGUACGAAACGAAGUUUGUUUGCCAUUCACACAAACGCACAAGAAAAAUACAGAAAAUGAAUUUUGCAUUUGAAAAUUUCGAAUUUUAAGAGAAAUCCAGAAAGCGUUACAAAGCACGUUUGUUUAUCGUCAAAUCAAUCUGAAUAUGUUGCAGUUUUUCCAUAGUGGAAAAAUUUACGGGGCAUUUCUUUCGAGAUCAGUACCAAUAUUUUUUCCGUCAACUUAGAUGUUUCAAUAUGUUUAUCCUCAGGUAUGUAUAUACCAAGUAGAGAUACGAUUUCCAAAUUUGAAAAUCUAUUGCUUGAUUGAAAAAACAAAUUGCCAAUUAAACAAUGUAUACUAAAUCUAAUUUACUUACCAUCAAAAUUAUCUUUUUAUCUAACUCUUUCGUCUUUGCUUUCGUAGAAAUGUUAAGAUUAAUUUCUAGAGUAAAAAUUCUGAUUUAUGAGUCCUUUGAAUAACUUUGAUUAUCAGUUACUAAUUGCAUAACAAUCAUAGGUAUUAAAAUUUAAGAAUAGUUUCUUUAGCAUAGGAGUUUAGAUUUUGGAAAGUUCUACCUGAAAUUUUCUACUGUUUCUGCUGCACAUUUAUAAAAUGGUAUCUUUAAAGUCGUGAAAAAGAAUAGAAAGCGAUUUUACGGGGAAAGCCCCUAUAAUAGUAAAGUCUCUUAUAUUUGUAUAUUAUUUUCCAGCAGAUUCGUAUCUGUGUACUCUAAUUGUAAAUAAUGUAUUGCAUUAAAAUGCAUUUUGUGCAUUCAAAAAAUAUAUGCAAAGCGUCUUGGGAGUACAUUAAUUAAGUUCUUGAAGAAUUGGGUGCCGAAAAUGUUCAUAAAUCUAUUUUCUCAUUAUGUAUUUAGUUUAGAAACUAGUGAAGAAAUUGAUCUCUACAAAAUUUUGGAUCCUUUGCAUAUAUCUGAAAAAAUUAUAUAUACAUUACGUUUAAUGUACAAAACUGUAUAUGCUUCUGUUUUUAUUGCUUUUGCUCAGGAUCAUUGUUAUUAUUCCGAAAGUUUUAUUGUUGAUUGUGUAUACAAAAAAAUUGACAUACAUAUUUUUUUCUGCGAUUGAAAAACUACGCACUUGUACUAAUUUUUAUUAACCGUUAUAAGUGUGAUGUGAAACUAAUACAUUAUAUUAAUUUUGUA